AAUGAAUCGUUUUUCUUAAUGUUUUUUAAACAGACACGAUGCAGUAGUACAUUUCUUUUCAUUUUAAAGCGUUUUGGUUGACUGUGUUUGUUUGGAUAGGAGUGUGAAGUCUGUCUCUGUUCCCAGGUUAGUCUGUCUCUGUUCCCAGGUUAGUCUGUUUCUGUUCCCAGGUUAGUCUGUCUCUGUUCCCAGGUUAGUCUGUCUCUGUUCCCAGGUUAGUCUGUCUCUGUUCCCAGGUUAGUCUGUCUCUGUUCCCAGGUUAGUCUGUCUCUGUUCCCAGGUUAGUCUGUCUCUGUUCCCAGGUUAGUCUGUCUCUGUUCCCAGGUUAGUCUGUCUCUGUUCCCAGGUUAGUCUGUCUCUGUUCCCAGGUUAGUCUGUCUCUGUUCCCAGGUUAGUCUGUCUCUGUUCCCAGGUUAGUCUGUCUCUGUUCCCAGGUUAGUCUGUCUCUGUUCCCAGGUUAGUCUGUCUCUGUUCCCAGGUUAGUCUGUCUCUGUUCCCAGGUUAGUCUGUCUCUGUUCCCUCUGUCUCUGUUCCCAGGUUAGUCUGUCUCUGUUCCCAGGUUAGUCUGUCUCUGUUCCCAGGUUAGUCUGUCUCUGUUCCCUCUGUCUCUGUUCCCAGGUUAGUCUGUCUCUGUUCCCAGGUUAGUCUGUCUCUGUUCCCAGGUUAGUCUGUCUCUGUUCCCAGGUUAGUCUGUCUCUGUUCCCAGGUUAGUCUGUCUCUGUUCCCAGGUUAGUCUGUCUCUGUUCCCAGGUUAGUCUGUCUCUGUUCCCAGGUUAGUCUGUCUCUGUUCCCAGGUUAGUCUGUCUCUGUUCCCAGGUUAGUCUGUCUCUGUUCCCAGGUUAGUCUGUCUCUGUUCCCAGGUUAGUCUGUCUCUGUUCCCAGGUUAGUCUGUCUCUGUUCCCAGGUUAGUCUGUCUCUGUUCCCAGGUUAGUCUGUCUCUGUUCCCAGGUUAGUCUGUCUCUGUUCCCAGGUUAGUCUGUCUCUGUUCCCAGGUUAGUCUGUCUCUGUUCCCAGGUUAGUCUGUCUCUGUUCCCAGGUUAGUCUGUCUCUGUUCCCAGGUUAGUCUGUCUCUGUUCCCAGGUUAGUCUGUCUCUGUUCCCAGGUUAGUCUGUCUCUGUUCCCUCAUUCUCUGUUCCCUCUGUCUCUGUCACCAACCCUGUUCCUGGACCCUACACACCAGGGGUAGACAACCCUGUUCCUGGACCCUAUACACCAGGGGUAGACAACCCUGUUCCUGGAUCCUAUACACCAGGGGUAGACAACCCUGUUCAUGGACCCUACACACCAGGGGUAGACAACCCUGUUCCUGGACCCUACACACCAGGGGUAGACAACCCUGUUUCUGGACCCUACACACCAGGGGUAGACAACCCUGUUCCUGGACCCUAUACACCAGGGGUAGACAACCCUGUUCCUGGACCCUACACACCAGGGGUAGACAACCCUGUUCCUGGACCCUACACACCAGGGGUAGACAACCCUGUUCCUGGACCCUACACACCAGGGGUAGACAACCCUGUUGCUGGAGUGCUGCAGGUACUGCAGGAUUUUAUUCCAACUAGACGCCACACUAAGCUAAUGAUCUAAUUGAUCAGUGAUCAGUCCUUAUCAAAAGAAGUGCAUUAUAUAGGGAAUAGGGCAUAGUAGUGUAGUUCUAGUUCUGUGAAAAAGGGUGCGAUUUAGGAUUGUAACUCUUUCCCUGUUACAUUUCACAUGGUUGUUACUGUCGUUUUGUUCACAUGGUUGUUACUGUCGUUUUGUUCACAUGGUUGUUACUGUCGUUUUGUUCAUAUGGUUGUUACUGUCGUUUUGUUCACAUGGUUGUUACUGUCAUCUUGUUCACAUGGUUGUUACUGUCGUCUUGUUCACAUGGUUGUCACUGUUGUCUUGUUCACAUGGUUGUUACUGUUGUCUUGUUCACAUGGUUGUCACUGUUGUCUUGUUCACAUGGUUGUUACUGUUGUCUUGUUCACAUGGUUGUCACUGUUGUCUUGUUCACAUGGUUGUUACUGUCGUUUUGUUCACAUGGUUGUUACUGUUGUCUUGUUCACAUGGUUGUCACUGUUGUCUUGUUCACAUGGUUGUUACUGUCGUUUUGUUCACAUGGUUGUUACUGUCGUCUUGUUCACAUGGUUGUUACUGUCGUCUUGUUCACAUGGUUGUUACUGUCGUCUUGUUCACAUGGUUGUUACUGUCGUCUUGUUCACAUGGUUGUUACUGUCGUCUUGUUCACAUGGUUGUUACUGUCGUCUUGUUCAUAUGGUUGUUACUGUCGUCUUGUUCAUAUGGUUGUUACUGUUGUCUUGUUCACAUGGUUGUCUUGUUCACAUGGUUGUUACUGUCGUCUUGUUCAUAUGGUUGUUACUGUCGUCUUGUUCAUAUGGUUGUUACUGUUGUCUUGUUCACAUGGUUGUUACUGUCGUCAUGUUCACAUGGUUGUUACUGUCGUUGUUACUGUCGUCUUGUUCACAUGGUUGUUACUGUCGUCUUGUUCACAUGGUUGUUACUGUCGUCUUGUUCACAUGGUUGUUACUGUCGUUUUGUUCACAUGGUUGUUACUGUCGUCUUGUUCAUAUGGUUGUUACUGUUGUCUUGUUCACAUGGUUGUUACUGUCGUCUUGUUCACAUGGUUGUUACUGUCAUCUUGUUCAUAUGGUUGUUACUGUCGUUUUGUUCACAUGGUUGUUACUGUCAUCUUGUUCAUAUGGUUGUUACUGUCGUCUUGUUCACAUGGUUGUUACUGUCGUUUUGUUCACAUGGUUGUUACUGUUCUGUUCUUCUGGUCUUGUUUUAAAGGCAUCAUUCUGUGUUGUCUCUUACCUUCACGUGGGGGAUGUUUUUCAUGCUGUAUGUGCAGCAGUUAUUGUUUCGUUGUCCGUCUGUCUGAUCUUCUGGUGAUAAUUUUUUAAUACCUUGUUUGUUUUAAGAACAAUUGUUACAAUAUAAUUCAAAAUAAAUGUUUAAAACUGAUAGAAAAUAUGUGUAAGAUGUGUAUGCAGAUUGUCAUAUUGUUUAUUUAUAUUUUGAUUCAGGGGUGGGAUUGUAGCAUAUGUUCUCCCAGAUUCAUACCACUUCACACAUCCCAUGAAGAACCAGGAACGAGGCAUAAUUUGGCUCAAACUUUUUAUUUAUUUUAACCUUAAUUUUAUAACUAGGCAAGUCAGUUAAGAACAAAUUCUUAUUUACAAUGAUGGCCUACCAAAAGGCAAAAGGCCUCCUGUGGGGACGGGGGCCUGGGAUUCAAAAUAAAUGAUAAUAUAGGACAGAACACACAUCAUGACAAGAGACAACACUACAUAAAGAGAGACUUAAGACAACAACAUAGCAUGUCAGCAACACAUGACAUGCCGAUGAUGCGUUUGAAGUCUGAGCAGAGCAGCUACAGUUGACUGAAAUCGGUUUGAAAGUCGAGGAGAAUUUUGAAAAGAAUAAUGGGCAAAUAUUGAACUAUACAGAUGUGCAAAGCUCUUCGAGACUUACCCAAAAAUACUCACAGCUGUAAUCACUGCCAAAGAUGAUUGUAACAUGUAUUGACUCAGGGGUGUGAAUAUGUAUGUGAAUUAGAUAUUCUUUUAAUUCAUUUUCAAUAAAUGUGUAAACAUUUCUAAAAACUUGUUUACACUUAGUCAU